CAUGACGUCACAAUGAUCAUUACGUCAUAUGCCCGAUGUUGCCUACGACUGGUAACAUGUAGUCCUAGUAAACAGAUGUCAUAGUUCACUUUCUUUACUGAUGAAAGAUGAGCGAUAUUCACAAGACCCACUACUCUUUCGGAACUGACGAUUGGAGAAUAUUGUCUACAUAUUUGCAGGACUUCGGACCUUCUCAGAUAUCUUCCUACAGACCGCAGCCUCUAAGGCCACCAUCGCCUGCCCAGGUGCUGCCAACUUCGAACCGCUGUGACGAAAAGGCAAAAUGGCUGUCUUCAAAUCGGAGAGAUUUCCUGAACUAUGUCGGUGAUAUCAACCGUGAGACUUAUUUCGGUUCACUGAAGGAGUUCAACGACGUCAAAACGUUCAGCACAGUAUGUCGACCGAGUGUGUGGAAUGCCAAUGAGAAGUUACCUCCCCUGAGUCGGUCCACCUUGGAUUACCGCUCCCCGAGUGUGUCCACGGGAAGUGACAGCGCCACCCCUAAACUGCUGGCGAAAAUAAAGAGCAAGAAUAGACGGAGCAGAGCAUACAACGAGUCCACGCUGCAGACAGAAGCUAUGCACGCAUUCCAAUGGCCGACCAGGAAGAGGAUGAAAUCCAUAUCACUUAUUUCCCACACAACAAAAUUGCCAGCCGUAAAAUAAAUAUAUCUCGUUUCUCCUUAAAAUUGUAAAGUAAAAUAAAAAGAAACAAGAAACC